AUGACCAACACCGCUACCCCCAAACAGCACAUGAUCACAGACUCUCGUGAGAAUAAAUGCACCAGGCAACAGCCCGAACAGUCUGACAUGUCCGAAUCUGAAGAUGAAGGACAAGGCUCAAACAAGAAACAAGCUACGAAGGUUAACGCCGCCCCUCCUACCACUACCCAACCCGUUGCUCAACCUGCCCCUCCUGCCAAUCCAUGGCACUUCCUCCAAACUGGCGCACCAAAUGGAACCAACACAGUCAACGGCGUCAUCACCCUACACAACGGCCUUAAGAUCACCGCGCCCCCCACGGGAGGGUUCCCAUCCCCUCAACUUGGACAAUCAGUCUGGAGAAAUGUGGCCCCAGCCCUGAGAGAAAGAUGGCCCCAGAAGGCAGGCCCCAAGCCUUGGGUGCGAACUUUUAGGGCCAAGUACGAGGAUAACAUGCAAAUGACUAACAUUAAGAUGCGCAACCUCAUUGCGCUAACCAUCGGAGAAACAGCCGCGGCGCCUCUCCUCCUCAGCACACCGUCUGCUGAGGGAGAUCUAUACGAACGUCUCCCCCCUCCCUAUCAUUUUCUGAUCUCCAGCAUCUCCCAACCAGCCGUUACGAGGCUGACAGGACUCGGCAUAUGCUCUUCCCCUGAGAUCACAUGCUUCUUCAUACCCUACAACCAACCGCUACCCAACUACAUAUGCACACUUGAACGCUUCACACUCCCCGACUGCGCAGAAAGCAAUGCGGAAAUCGCAAGCCUAGUUAAACAAACCAUACACAUGCACCCUAACAUCUCUCUCUUCAUUCAUGACCACAUCCCCACCCCCAACGCAGAAGCGGCCAUCAAGGUCAUGAACUCCAUUCGCAUUGCGAGCCUUACCAUCGCCGUUUCGCGCACCAUCUCCCACACUGUGUGGAAUGUGUAUGCUGAUUCCCUCCCGAACAUGUCCCUCAAGGACUAUUUUGAAUGGACCAACCUCAUCCGCAACUUGCAAUUCGCAUCUGAAGACUAUGGAACUGGCUUAGUCCAAUCUGAAGAAAAGCAAUUCCUCUGCACGGGCUGCAAAUCCUAUGACCACCCAACAGGUCUAUGCCCCUUCCCGAAAGUCCUAGGCUGGUUUGGCCCUGUGUCCGCAACUGAAGACACCGCCAACGCCUCCCUCGACAACAGAACCAACAACAACCAAUCCAGAGGUAACUCUUCCAGGGGAGGACGAGGUACAGUCGGCAGAGGACGAGGCUGCGGGAGACGGGGAAGAGGUCAAUACUAG